UCCAUCCUCCCGUUUUGGCCUAUCAUACGAGGGUAACAUUGUCAUUUAGUGAAAUGAUCUUGAGGCACCGCGGAGGCACUGGUCGCCGCCCGAGUAACAACGAUUCCAUCCGCUUCUUCCUUUAGAUCUUUUUUCUGCGUCUCAGCCAUCUCUCUACGAGCCAAGAUUAACAUAAUGGUGAAAGCUUAUGCACAAGAGCAUGUUUACAAGCACCCAUGGGAGCGAGUUACUUUGGCUUCCUGGCGCAAGUUUACUGACCCUGAGAACAAGCGUGCACUAUCCCAUAUCCUUGAAGUUGACACACUGAACCACAAGCUUGAUCCACAAGCUGGGAAGCUUUACACCACUCGUGCACUUAUUAUCCAUGCCCCAGGACCAUGGUUUGUUCGCAAAAUUGUUGGUCAGGAUAUUUGCCACUGUGUCGAAUCAACAGUUGUAAACGCCCAGUCAAGGUCUAUGCAACUUAGCACUCGCAAUAUUAGUCUCCAAAAGUUCGUAGAAGUUGAGGAGAAGAUAUGUUAUAACCCUCAUCAAGACAACCCAGAUUCAUGGACAAUUUGUCGGCAGGAGACCAGUAUUAGGAUUAAGCCAUUAUCAGCUCUGGCGUCAAUGGCAGAGAAGGUGGAGCAACGCUGUGCUGAAAAGUUUAUGCAGAAUAGCGUUAAGGGCAGAGAGGUAAUGGAAAGGAUCUGCAAGUAUCUCGAAUCUGAUUCUAGUGGGAUUGGUCUCUAAUUUUGAUGUCUAGGCUUUAGUUCUUAUCUUAGUACUAGCUCUCAGGGCUUGUAACGCGUACAAGAGUAAGUAAUAAAACACCCGAGCCACUAAUUAGAGUGGUAAGGAUGAUGCGUAUCACCCUGAUAUUCAGGGUUCUAAUCCCUCUCCUCGUUUAAAGAAGAAGAAGAAGUAGGUAAUAAAAAGAGGAAGGAAUGGGCAAGAAUUCCUGUUUGAAUUUCUAAUGUAAAUGUAGUUUUGAGAAUCAGAAUGAUAUUAAAGGUGAUAUAGGAAACCAUUUGUCUCGAUAUUGGUAUGAAAAAAAAAUGCUGCUGUGCUUGGAAUUUUUGCCUCAA